AUGCCCCCUAAUACCACUCACCCUCCGCCCCAGAACAUCUUCAUAACAGGCGCAACAGGCUACAUAGGCCGAGUAGUCACCGAAUUCGCCCUCGCAGCAGGACACAGCGUGCGCGCUCUCUCCCGCAGCGAGGCAGGCGACACCCUCCUGCGCAGUCUGGGCGCAACCCCAGUACGAGGCACGCUAAGCGACACGACCAUCCUAGCCGAAGAAGCGAGACGCGCAGACGUGGUGUUCCACCUCGCCUUCAGCCACGACUGGAGCAAGCCCUACACCGACCUACUAGCGCUCGACAUCACCGCGGUAGACGCACUCGCCAGCGCCCUCCAAAACACAAACAAACCCCUAGUCACAACCGGCGGCACGCUCUGCGUCCUCCCCGAUCCCUCGGGCAGAGAAACAGACGAAACAGCCCCCCCACCACCGUACACACCCCUACCCCGCCACCUGGCCGAGGAACGCGCCCUGGCGUGGGCCCCCAAGGGAGUCCGGAUAAGUGUGCUCCGUCUCCCGCAGUACGUCUACGGCCGCCAAACAGACCAUGGGUUCGCAGCAGACCUGAUCCGUCUUGCGGUGCGGGACGGGGAGGCCGUUGUGAUCGACGACGGGGGGUGGUGUUUCUCCUGUGUGCAUGUGGAGGACGCGGCACGGCUUUAUUUUCUCGUUGCACGGUUUGCUGGGCCUGGGGAUGUAUUUAAUGGGGUGUCUUGUACGGAUGUAACCUAUUCCGCGUUGGCCGGGGCGAUUGGCAGGGUUGUGGGGGUUGAUGUUGUGUCGCGGACGAGGGAGGAUAUGGAGGCGAGGUGGGGGAGGUUUCUGGUGGAGUUUGUGCUGGUCAGGAAUCGGGCGAGUGGCAGGAAGGCUAGGGAGAGGUUGGGCUGGUGUCCGGCUGGCCCGGGGAUCUUGGAGGAGGUGGAGGUCGGGAGUUAUGUGCCUGUUGUUGAGCGGUUUAAGAGGGAGAGGGGUGUUCUUGUGGGUAAUGAGUGA